UGCCCCUGCUCACAAGUUCAGUGUCUCAUCUCUCCUCUGCAAUGGACACAGCAACGGUCUACUUAAAUUUAAAGGCACCCAGGACUCCAGGGGCUCAGCGUGCAUCACCUCCAUCUCGUCCCCCAGACUCCUGCCAGUGCCCACGUUCACACAGGCUGGCUCUGAAACUCAGCUGUGCCGGGCUGAUCCUUCUUCUCUUGACCCUGAUUGGGAUGAGCAUCUUAGUUCGAGUCCUAAUACAAAAACCAUCAAUAGAAAAACACUGUGUGUGUAUUCAAGAGAACAUACGUAACACAACAGAGAGUCCAGCUAAGUUAAAUUGCCCAAAAGACUGGAUUCCAUACAAACAUAAAUGCAUACAUUUUUCUCAAGUUCCCAACACUUGGAAGGAAGGUAUGGAUGACUGUGAUCAGAAAGGAGCCACUUUGCUGCUUGUUCAAGACCAAGAAGAGCUGAGAUUCCUACAGAACCAGACAAAAGACUUUAUAUUUUGGAUUGGACUAAGAUAUGAAUUGCCUGACAAGACCUGGAAGUGGAUAAACAACUCUGCUUUAAGCUCUGAUGUACUAAAAGUCACCGGUGAAGCUAAAGCAGGCAGCUGUGCCGCCAUCUCAAAGGACAAAGUGCUUUCUGAGAGCUGUGGUUCAGACAGCCGCUGGAUCUGUCAGAAGGAACCAAAACGUGAUACCAUGUGCAAAGAUUCCUGACUGGGAAUCACAUCUCCAUUAUUUUACCAUCCACAGCAGAUCUCUGUGCUCAGUCUGUCUCUGCUGUGCAGUUGGUGGCACAAAGCAGGUACUCUAAAAGCACCGUUACAGAUUCUUUACUCUCUUAGACGUGCCAUUCUAAGAGAGGUGUUCUGUGGAAAGAAACCCAGGCAGCUGAAGGGCACCAGAUUCUAACGUGGGAUCUAUGUGACCUUUGCUUAUCUCUGUGCCUGAGGCCAUCUUCAGACAGCUUCAGAAAACUGCUUGCAAAGUCCUGAUCUAUCCUCUCUACCUACUCCAAGCCAUCAUAUUGGGCUAUAGUACAUUGAUUAAAGCCUUUGCCUUUGACUGACACCAGAAUCUCAUGGUUAAUGAAUUUGGUUUGAAUGGCACCUACAAAACCUUGGGUAAACUGAGCUCUGGUCAUGUGAUUCCUCCACCUGACUGCAUGUACCAGCAGACCCUGGGCUAGUGUUCCACCUCAGUGCUAGGCUUCUCAGCUCCAAAAACUGGCAGAGACCAACUUCUUUUUCCUUGAAAGGUUUCCAUUUAAGUGACAAGAAGGCAAACUGAGACAAGGCUUAGGCCUGCCUGCUACUCCACAGCCCUUUUCCUUCUAGUUUGCUCAGCAUUUCUUCUUUCCACACUUGGGGGAAAUUAAGCUUAAAAAGAGAUAGAUCUUUUUAACAUCCCCUUUUCUAAAAAUUUGCCAGAUUGUCCAUGAAAAUGAAGGAGUAAGAUCAUUGAAUUUGCUUUAUAAAAAGAAAAUAAAAGUUCUUUAAAAGUAGAAAUGUAUAUACUCUAAUCACUCAAUUUCAAGUUGAAUUACUUAAA